AUGCGAAAUCCUUACGGAGACCUUGACAUCGCUUGUGUGUAUAAUUGCCGCACGACCAACGCCUGGGAAGACGAUAUUGCCUUGACAGUAACGGUUUUUCCCCGCCUUGGGCUUACUUUUGGAUUAUUAUUUGGUUGCACAGAUGCCGCCGAACGUGACAUCAUACAGCGCUUACCACGAUGCAAAGCUACUGAGAUCCACCCCAUGCUAUUGCCUGGAAUCUUUGCAGAGCUCGAGCGAUGUAGACAGAUUAUGCUUGUAGAAGACGUGAUGGAUGAUAUUGAAGCUACCACUUUCCAGGUCAACCAUCAGGGCCAGGCUCCCGAUGCCAGAGCCUUCAACAACAGCAAAAGAGCUCGAUGGCUUGACACUGCCUUCGUGAGAAACAGCCUAGUCAACUGGAUCACUCACUUGAGGAGAAUGAUCGAACAUAUUCAAGAAUUAGAGAAUUCUACCAUGCUCCAACCAGUAACAUGCACACAGUGGAGCCACCUCCCUGCAUACUCAGCAUCGAAAGCAGCUGGCAGUCAGGACAUCCCUGCCGAUACUCAGACCGAACCAAAGAGGUUAAACGCCAAUGACUCGUGGGAAAGGCCAGUGGGGAUACGCGAGACAAGCGUUGAGACAGCCAUUGCCGCUGGGAAUGAUUCGCGACAAAUGCGAUCAAUAGCUAUUGUCACUAUGAUCUUCCUCCCAGGGACGUUUUUUGCAAGCAUGUUUUCAAUGUCAUUUUUUAGCUGGGAAGAUACACCGUUUGUGUCCGACUCGUUCUGGAUCUAUAUCUUACUGACAGUCACUACGACUGCCAUCACGCUGGGAUGCUGGUAUUACAUAUCUGUGAAACGACGAGGGUACCACCAAGGGUAUGUGGACGAGGAGGCCUGCGCCAUUGACGGACAAAACCUUUAA